AUUGGCGGGCUGGCGGUCAGCUGACAAGUACCACAUGAUGUAGCUGUGUUGCUGAACAAAUAAGGUCAAUUCACUGAUUUCUCACUACUUUUGGUGUAACCCACUCACACGUCUACAAUGGCUUGGACCAAGUAUCAGCUGUUCCUUGCGGGACUCAUGCUCACCACGGGCUCUCUCAACACUCUUUCAGCAAAAUGGGCUGACACGUUCAGCGCAGAGGGCUGCCAUGGCGAUAAGGAACACGAAUUCAAUCACCCAUUUGUACAGGCUGUGUGCAUGUUCCUGGGAGAGUUCAGCUGUCUGCUGGUUUUCCACAUCUUGCUGUGCCAUGACAAACGCAGACCAGAGCGUUCGUUCAACCCUGGCCAAAGCUUCAACCCCCUGCUCUUCUUUGCGCCGGCCAUGUGCGACAUGACGGCCACCUCCAUCAUGUAUAUCGCGCUCAGCAUGACGAGUGCCUCCAGCUUCCAGAUGCUGCGAGGAGCGGUCAUCAUCUUCACAGGCCUGCUGUCUGUGGCCUUCCUGGGGCGGCGGCUGAAGCCCAGCCAGUGGGUGGGCAUCCUCACCACCAUCGUGGGCCUGGUGGUGGUGGGCCUGGCCGACUUCAUCAGCAAGGACAAGAAGGAGCACAAACUCAGUGAAAUCCUCACCGGUGACCUGUUGAUCAUAAUGGCUCAGGUCAUCGUUGCUGUGCAGAUGGUCCUGGAAGAGAAGUUUGUGUAUAAACACGACGUCCACCCUCUCAAAGCCGUGGGCACUGAAGGCAUGUUCGGCUUCGUCGUGCUGACGCUGCUGCUCAUCCCCAUGUACUUCAUCCCGGCGGGCCAGUUCACCGGCAACCCCCGGCAGGUGCUGGAGGACGCCCUGGACGCCUUCUGCCAGAUCGGCUUCAAGCCCCUCAUCCUGGUUGCGCUGCUGGGCAACACGGUCAGCAUCGCCUUCUUCAACUUUGCCGGCAUCAGCGUCACCAAGGAGAUCAGCGCCACCACGCGCAUGGUGCUGGACAGCCUGCGCACGCUGGUCAUCUGGGCGGUGAGCCUGGCGCUGGGCUGGGAGACGUUCCACGGCCUGCAGGUGCUGGGCUUCGUGGUGCUGCUGACCGGCACGGCGCUCUACAACGGCCUGCACCGCCCCCUGCUGGCCAGGAUCCCGUACUGCGCCGCCUGGGUGCAGGACGACGAGGCAGAGGAGCCGGCGGGCGCCGGAGAGAGGGAGAGGCUACUGUCCGAGGCCAGGGUGCAGGCGGUCGACAGUCCUUGAUGAUAUCCCCUUCACUUUCUCCGAUGCACACACGCACACCUCUGUUAAGGGACUGAUGAAUGACCCUUGAUCCCUCUUGGGCUGGCACAGACUGAACGCCAGCGUUUUUUCCGACUGCGUUGUCUUUUAUGCACUUGGGUUUUUUUAUGUCAUAGUUAUUAUGAUGAACGAAAUGGGUCUGAUUUCAACCGACUCAUUUGGUUUGUUUUUGUACGUAAAAAAUGCUGCACUACAUUUUAGUACGUAUUUUUGGGGGCCUGGUUGAGAUUGAGCAGGGGAUUGUGAUGGCCUACAUGCGGGUAAGUCAACCACGACAUGCAUGCAUUUAGAAAUUACAAGUAAUUGUAACUCAUUUUUUACCCUGUUAUCUUUUUGUAUUUCUAUUGAAGGGAAAUUUCUGGGACCUGUUUGAUUAAACUGCUACAGUCACGUAAGCCACUAAAGAAACCACAAUUGUGACUUUGUUUGUUGCUUUUUAGAAAGACUUUCUGGACAUUACACAGUAUUCUCGAAAAACAUUUGCUGUAUUGUAUCUUCGGAUUUAAAUUAAAACCAAAAGAUUAAUCCUACUACAAUUAUGCGUAAAAGCCUUGUAUGUCUUGUUUUGAUUCCUUAUAUUUUGAAUGCUCAUAUUUGUCUUUCCUAAUGAUAACAGAAUGUGAUCAGCAUUCUCUUAGUACCUAAGUAAUUCAAAUGUAAUAAUUUCUUAUCCUUCUCAGUUGUCUCGUUAAACAUUAUCUUCUGCAAAAUGUUGUGGGGGCAAAAAGGGAAUUUAAUACUAAUUUCAAGGCCUUGUAGUUAAUUUUGCCUGUUGGACUUACCUAAUUCAUAUCUAUUUUUCCGGAUAUAGCAAAUUAGAUCUGUGUAUCGAAUGAUUCCCUCCAUCACUUGUCCACAUUGACUUCACAGUUCAGCAUGCUUGUGAGGUCAUGGUGGGUAAUAUCACACUACCCCCACCUAGUGGUGAUGGUGUGAUAUUGAGAUCAUGGGAAAUGUCCUUCCUAUUGCUGUAGAAGAGUUUAUAACUAAUCCAACCCUGACUAUUUGUUGGACAUAUAGCAGGCCAUGAUUUACGAUGUAAUCCAUAAAUAAAGUAUGCUGGAUUAAUGUGUAUGAGUUAAUUGACCCAGAUUAUUCAC